UAAAUUUCUGCAUUAACUUAAAACAUCAAAAUAUAUAUUAGGAAAGAGUAUUUAUUUCGUUUUGUUUUUUUGUGUGAAAAGGACUGUGUAGCCGCCUCUACAGUAGGUGCAAUAGCGUUAUCAUUGUGCUAAUCAAUCAACUUGUAUAGUGUGCCACUAAUUUUGCGAACACAUGCCAUAUUAAAUUUGACCCAUAAAGCACCGAAUCCGUGAGAGAUUUAUGAGUUGAUUAUGAUGUUUUCUUUUUCGUAACAGAAAGUGUUGAUAAAAUCUUUGAGAAGUAGCUGCAAAUAGUACUCCAAAAGGUCAAACGAGGGUACGAACUGAGAGAUCACUCGAAUGGUACGACGAGUAAAACGUCUCACAGAAACGGGCUUUUAAAUGAAUUUUUGUCACCCAUUGGGCCUAAUAAAUGACAUUCCUAAGCCUAAACAAAAUCCCGGUUUAAUCUGUCAUCGAUAAUAAUUGGAUUCCGGUUUACACAUUGCAAAAUAAAACGUAAAUCACAGAGGAGUAAUCGUAAAAGGCUUAAAGAUGCAUUCCUUCGGUUACAGAGCAAAUGCUCUGUUCACGUUCUCCGUCACGGCCCUCGCGUUCAUCUGCGCAAUUGCGUCUCUCUCAGACAAUUUCAGCGACCAGAAUCCAUCUGCUGAGAUCCAGAUACUUAACAUCAAUCGGUUUAAGAAGCAAUCAUAUGAAAACGAUGAGGUGAGCUUGACAUUGGACAUAACUGCAGACUUGCAGUCACUGUUUACUUGGAACACUAAACAGGUUUUUGCUUUCGUGGCAGCGGAAUACGAAACUCCAAAGAACUCCCUGAAUCAGGUUUCUCUAUGGGAUGCGAUUAUCCCUGAUAAGGAACAUGCCAAGUUCCGGAUUCAAACCUCAAACAAGUACCGUUUCAUUGAUCAGGGACAUAACCUUCGUGGGAAAGAGUUCAAUUUGACGUUACACUGGCAUGUCAUGCCCAAGACCGGCAAGAUGUUUGCUGACAAGAUUGUCAUGCCUGGUUACAGUUUGCCAGAUGCAUACAAAUGAUGAAGAUUGAAGAUAUAACUUCUAAGAGUUUAUUUUUUGUAUUUCGUUUUUUCUUUUCAUGGUAAAGAUUCAGUCUUUUUCUUUUAUUCUGUGAACUAGAAAACUAAUUUUAAAGGUACUAUUGAUCUCUACCUAAUUCUUCU